AUGCAGCAGGACGAUGCAGGCGACGGGACCAUAUCAUCUCCCAUGACCACAUCCAUGGUAGCCUCGUUUCUCAACACCACCUCGAGUCCCGUCUCUCCCGGCCCGUCAAGCCCAUCGUUCCAGAUGGCCAAGAGCACGUCCUUUAUACCGCCCGCGCGGCCCAGCAGUACGCCGUUCCCGCAUCCCGAAACCCGAAACCCCCAAAUCUGCUGCCUGGACGAUUCAGAGUCCAGCUCCGAUGGCAGUGGCUGGGACAAGUCCUCGACCGAGCCCGUUGACGCUGCGUCCGGAAGACCGCUCGCGCGGCAUUUCGACGAACUUCCCACUGAAGUUCAUGAGGCGAUCCUCGACCACAUAUUUGGAUACUGUGUGUCUGCUACGUCAAGAAGUACAAUGCGAAUAUCGAGUCUGACGAGGGGCUGGAGCACGGCUCUUCGCCAUUCGCGGAGGCGAGAGCUCACUGCAUUGGCUCUGGUCAACCGCGUGUGGAGGGUCUUGGUCCAGCAGAGGCUAUUCCGGCACAUCAAGCUCAAGGCGACGCUUGAUUCCAUCAACAACGCAAUGGACUUUUUGGUCGAGCGGCCCCAUCUCGCCGAGUACGUCAAGCACAUUGAGACUUGGUUCCCCGUCUUCCAGCCAACAUACGGGCCGUUGGCCUUGUCGAAUACUCUCACGCUUCCUACCGUGACCACAGAUGGCCUUACCAAUGCCACAUACACGCUCCCGGGAAACAACUGCACUCUCGACCAGGUAUUCAUGUUCGUUGCCGCCGCGCUUCCAGAGACUAAAGUGCUUACGCUGGAAGGCGGAGAGCGGCGCAAGGCACCUGGAGUGGUCCAUUUCGACAUGAGCACGGGCCCGCCCAUCGAGGAACGACGGCUGGAGCCUCUCGUCUCGGUGCGCACUCUGGUGACUAAGGGACAGUGGAAUCUCAUGAGGGACGACGAGGACUUUAAAUUUCUCAUGAGGGCAUUGCCCAACCUGGAGGAGUGGCAGGGAUCCUAUAGCAAGCCCAAGUCCAAGACCUACAUCACAGCAUCCGAGUUCAUCCCGCUCUUGCCUAAGCACGUUACGAAUCUGAAUCUCUGCAUGGAAAGCGACUACCGGCGAGAAGGAGUCAUGCCGGCAUUCUACUACAAGGUGGUGCAAAAAGCUCAUCUCUGUUCCAGUCUGGCUUUCAUCUUACCAUCACUGGAGCACUUUGUAUACACCGGCCGUAUCUGCCACCAUUUCUUUUAUGAUGCAGCGCGCUAUGCAGAACACCAGACGACGAGCCUUAGAUCCGUCGACAUCACCGUCAAGAACUGUUGCCGCCAGUCCUUUAGCUUUCACGAUUCCGGCUCUGGUAUCCAGGACAUGGCAUUCAUCGAGGCGUUCGAGAAGCUUGUCCUCUCCGCGGUCCGCUCGAUGGAGAGAUUCAAGAAGCUGGAAUACCUCAGAAUUCGAUUUGUCGACUUAGAUUCCGUCUUGCCGCCUCUGAACCCAUAUUUCUUGGUGCAGGGCGGGAAGUGCACUGGAGUAUGGAGCGACGUUAUUCUCGCCGAAAUGAACAGGGUCCGGCCUGACGUCACAUUUCCGGGGUUGAGCGAUAGCUUCGGCAACAUCGUCUACAGUAAGGAUGGUCGGAUGGUCAUUGCCCCUGAGCCGUGCAAGACGCGCAUCACCUCUCUCAAGCUGGCCAACUAUCGAUCGCUUGCCACUCGGAUUACGAUUCAGUAA